CCUCUGUUGUUUUCCCCCUUCGCAUUCACACAGCUCCUCAGAGCGAAAGUGAGACGCAGAACUUAAACUACGACUUUUCUUCUUCCGCGUGACGACUUUCGUGGUUGUUUUUCGUCGACUGGGAGUUUGUGGUUUGUCGUUCCACGAUGGUGAAAGUGUCUUUUAACUCGGCCUUUUCACAAAAAGAUGUGAAAAAGGACGCGGAAACGCUGAUAGCCGAGGAGGACAAAGACGCCGAGGCCGCCCUGCCGGUGCGUCACCAGUCCCGGACCUGGUGCUGGUGCAUGUGUCUGGGCGUGGCCCUCAUGCUGUCAGGGAUGGUGGUGGGCGGGGCCUACCUCUACCGCUACUACAUCCUGGAGGUCAGCGUCUCGCCGUGGCGGACACGGCACAGUGAGUGCGCGGGCGGGUUCGGGGUGGACUCUCACACUGUGCUUCCUCUUGUGCAGGACGACGAGGUGUUUGUGUGCGAGGUCAACUACCUCGAGGAGGACCUCACCAUCACCGAGUUUGACCAGGUGGAGGUGGCGCUUCCGAUCCCACUCCGGCAGCUGGAGGAGAGAAUCCGGGUGCUGGAGCAGGAACAGGUGGAGCUCAUCAACGUGCCGGUGCCCGAGUUUGAGGACGGAGACCCCGCAGACAUUGUCCACGACUUCCAGCGGAGACUGACCGCCUACCUGGACCUGAGCCUGAACAAGUGCUACGUCAUCUCGCUCAACACCUCCAUCGUCAUGCCCCCGCGGGACUUGCUGGAGCUGUUGGCCAACAUCAAGGCCGGUACCUACCUCCCGCAGUCCUACCUGGUGCAGGAGGAGAUGGUGGUGACGGAGCGCCUGGAGCACGUGGAGCAGAUGGGCCAAUUCAUCCACAGCCUGUGUCGCGGCAAGGAAACCUUCAAGCUGCACCGCCGGGACAGGAUUCUGGGUAUGCAGAAGCGGGAGGUUCUCAACUGCCGCAAGAUUCGCCACUUUGAGAACAAGUUUGUGGUGGAGACUCAGAUCUGUGAGCUUUAAGACGCCUCGCGGCCGCUCUCGGCUUCGAUGCUGUGCGGAGAGAUUGUGGUUUUGUUAUUUCCUAUCUUCACAUGUUUUUUUUUUUUUUUUUUUGUGAAGCGUACGAUAAAACCCACCGUGGCAUUGUUUGGGGAGCUUUGCUGUCAUUUCAUGCAGCUUAGCAAAUUGUAAUACAGGUCAUUUAUUUCAGUGUAUCGUCAAGACAGGGUGACGUCCUUUUUUACUUUCCUGCUGUAGCAUUAACACUAUUAACACUGUUUGUUUUUCUUUUGCUUUUUUCUGAUUACUAUUCUUAAUUAACUGGACUUGUUUUUCUCUUUCCUUUUUUAAAAAUAUUAAAAUACGUUAGGUGGGGGACAAGAUUUCUAAAGUUGCACAUGUAAUCAUGUUUAUUUCCAGUGUAUUUUGAAAAAAUUGACGAGUCUUGUACUAAUUUGUAUGUAUAUGUGUGUGUGAGCGUGUGUGUAGCAUGUGUGGAUAAUCUUUGGAGAGAUGAACAGUCCAAUUACAAAUAUACAAAAACA